UUAUACCAUGGAGAAUGUAAAACAAAUAUCGAUUUGAUGAGUGCAUUCAUAUCGAAAUUCCAAUUACCAAGCAAGUGGUCUGUUCCAAGAAAGCUAAUGCAAAUUAAUCAAAAACCAUUUGUGAGAAAUUGCGAUGCGGUUGAGUAAAUCUUUGGGGUUUUUCGCUAAUGACAAAGUACACAUAAUAUGCAUAUAAAUAAAAUAGUUAUAUCACUGACACUCACAGUUAUGUGUGCUAUUCAAUGUGGAAAAUGAUUUUCGUCGACUGAAUUGUCGUCAUCGUUGUCGUCGCCGUCAUCGUAGCUGUUCAACGGGAGCCGUCGUUGUCGUCCCACUUUGCUUUCCAUUGUUAUUGUCUUUUUAUAGACAUUGAUUCACAUAUUCGGUCGGUUGGUCGGUCGCUCCGGUGGUUGUAUUGUGGUUGCAUGAAAAAUUCAAAUUGGAUUUAAUUAAUAGGAUUUAUAUGGUCAAAAGGAAAACGAGCGUUGCGUGAAUGGUUUCGAUGUGGACUAAAACUCAAUGAAACAGAAAACAACAACAGUAACAAUUUCCAAUCGCAUCGGAAAAGUGGAGCAAAAUUCAGGCAACCAACUGCCAAUUAUUACUGCACAUUGAAAUUACUUAUUGAAGAGAACUGAAUCGUUUUUGCCAGCUUACAAAUAAUCCAUCGUUUUGCUAACCAACAAAUAAUCCAUCGUUUUUCUAACAAAUAAUUCAACGAUGGUGCAUGUUGUCCAAAUCCAAAAAUCAUGAAAUGAACACAAUCAAGUAUUCAAGCAACAAUUACACACGUAGCAAAACACAAAUUGUACCGUUUUCUAGUUAAGUCUGGAUUAAGUGUGUUAUAAAUACGCAAUCAAUUUGUCGUGUUUGAAUUCGAAUCGUUCGUUUUCAUGGCAAAUGCAGAUCCAAUUUCGUAUAUAUAAAUGUUGCGACGAACAGCGAAAAUCUUCAUUGCAGCUUGACACCGAAAAUUACUUUUGGCAUGCGAACCUAUAAUAAUAAUUCCAUCCAAAUGUAACCAACCAAACAACAAAAAUACGAUACAACUCAUACACACAACGGAAAUUUAAUAAGCGACAAUAGAAAAAACAUUUCAUCAAACAAAUCAUGAUUAGCGAUAUAAUAGCGUCAGGAACGUACAGCCGAUUAGCAAUUGGACUGAUUAUAUUCACACAUGUGAUUGCGUACAAUGAAAGUGGAGCCAUAACGGUGCUAUUUUCAGCGUUUAUUGCGACAAUAUGUGCAACAUUCUCAGCAUUUUGCAAGAGUUCACUCAAUCAUUUACAACUGCCAUACAUACGCGCCACCCAUAAAUUCGAUUUUUUCAUUCUAUUCCUCGCAAUAUGGAUGGAUAUUCUGACAUUGAUUUGUGCUUGUGGUGCAUUGACACGUACGCUGAGCGUUUGCUUCGACUCAAUGACCGGUGGAAUGGCGCGAAUUUAUAUUCUGGGCCGGAAUGCACCGGAGAAUGAACCGUGGCCAGAUGUUAUCGGUUUCUCCAUUAUUUUUAUCGUGAGCGUUAUGUUUAUGCUUGGAUUAGAGAACUCAAAGGUGUUUUCUUACAUUCUGAUGGCAAGCCUGUGCGGCAUAGCUGGCAUUUUAAUUGCGAUAACAUCGAUACGAGGCAAUUUUACGGCAUGGAAAUCAAAACAAUGGCUUCCAAAAGGAGUCUCUGGUUUGGUCACCAGUGCAGCGUUAUUGGUAUUCACAUUUCCGUCAGAGAUUCCAGCAACAGGUAGCUGCAAGCGAUUGAAAGCCACGAUAGUCAAUAUGUUUAUUUGCUUAACAAUUGUCCUGUGUGCCGGUUGUCUCUCAGCUGUUAUUACUUUCAAUGCACCGGAGGAAUUCAUUGCCGUUCCCAUUUUACUAAUACUCGAAACAUUGGAUUUUCACAAUUUUGAACCGGCCAUCGCAUGUCUCUUUGUUUUGGUUGGUUCGUGUGCAUUCCUUGAAUUAUUUUCGGAAAUGUUCACUUUGAUUGUGACACUUACCACCUCCGAUUGGAAAAUACUAUCGCGACAAAUCGGCUAUGAGCAUGGCGAUAGUGGUAGCCCCGUUUUGGCUGUAUUCACUGGUGGCAGUAUUUGUGCAAUGAUUUCAUUUGCAUGUCCACUCGAAAUCAUUGUCUAUUUCAUUGCGGGAAGUCAACUAUUUUCUGGAUUACUCCGUGCCGCCUACUUGUUUUACCAACCAUUUCGACCGAAAUACUUGGUCAACACGAAAAACGACACUUCGCUCGGUUACAGUCAAUUAAAACCAACCGCUACAUCUUUGCGACAAUCGGUGAGCAACACAUCGUUUUUGCAAUCGAAUACAAAUGUGUCAACAGCAGGUGAUGUCUCGCGACGAAUUUUACGCUGUUUGAGUAAACCGUCAAUUGUGUCGAUACCAAAGCCAAAAUCGCGCACCAAAAAGAGAAAUGAGGAAAUGGAAAGGGAAUGGCUGUUGUUGGGCGAGCCAACAUCACCUCGAAAUACAAUAAUUUUGGACGAUGAACAAGACACAUCAACAUUGACAAUAACUCCCACUGGGCCAGAGAAUACGUCCAACCAAGAUGGUGAAGCACUGCAAUCUCCUACUUCGAAUGACUUGAUUGAAAGCAACAGUGAUACGGAUAGUUCAACCGAUAUCGAUGCAGUUGUUGACGAAUAUCGACAAAAAGUCGAGGUGACCACCUCUGGACCGUCAGAGAAAGUACUUCGUAUUCCAUCAAUGGAGUCGUGGCGAUUGUCAAUUGUUUUGCUCGUUUUUUACUCUUUUGGUGUUGCUAUUUGUCUUGUGGGAUUUGUUAUUGGAUCGUUUAUUGUUUUCAGUGCCGGCGCUUUAGUUGUAUUAUUCUUCACACUGGUCAUGCUGUUUUUGCCACGCUACAGUCACUCGGAAACAUCACCCAAUGUGGUGUUUUGUUCGAUGACCAUUUUAUUGGAAAGUCUUCUGUUGGGGUCGACAUUUUCGAUUUCACUGCCAGCGAUAAUUGCAUGGCUCAUCGCCGGUGUAUUGGUAUUCACACGGUGCGAUACAUGGUUUUCACUUUGCAUCGAGCAACCCAUGUACAUAAGUCAUAUUGUAACACCGUCCGUCAACGGUCCAUCAACGUCCAAUUUGAAAUCGAUGAUUCGUUUGCCCAGACCGCCAAAAGGUGCGCUAAUUCCAUCACGCAUACAUGCCCAUGGUCAAUGCAGAUGACAUUGGGAGUACACGGACAAUGAAUACUCUGAAGACGAUGGCGAAGAAACGGCCGAAGAAUGGACGGAAUGAAUAUUUUAAUAAAACAAAGAAUUGUUCACCGAUGAAAACACUUUGAAGGAAAAACUCUCUCUUUUUGAAGGAAAAAAUCAACGAGAAUGCAAAAUAUCUCCGAUUUUUUCCCUUUACGAAAGUCGACAAAAUUUCAAGCAAACGAACAAAGUUGUGAAAACACCUCAAUUGCUUGUUAAACUGCCCGCGCGCGUGAAUUUAGUUCAAAAUCGUUUCAAAAUCCGGAGCGAUGUCAUUGAAUGCCCAACGGAAUAAAGUAUAUUUUUUGAUAAUUUAGCUAAAUCGAAGGAAAUGUGUUUGCAAACAAAUUGAGCAACCAAAUAUUCUGAGAGUGAGAUAUGACAAUUUCAGUUUCGCCAAAUCAAAAUUCGAACAUCAAAUCAUCCAAUAAGUAGAAACCAUUGUGCCUGUGCUUUAGAACGCAUAUUUUAGUUGAAAUCAUAUACGUUGCAAUGUAAAUGCGUAGAAUUUUUAUUUGAAAUCGAAGGAUGUAGCUCUACUAGCCGAGAUGUAUAACUGUGGCAAUAUAUUUAUUCAGAAGCCAAAGCGAAUAAAGUAGAUUAGUUUCAAAUCGAUCUAAUAAAUAAUAUUCCACAUUUCAUUUUACAUGAUUUAUUUGUUACUUAAAUCUAUCGAUAUUGCUAGCGAUAAAUGUGAUCCGUCUAACUAAUUGUUUUUAAUUAAGAGAAAGAAGAAAAAAAAAACACCAACAAAUGGUUUUAUUCAAUUUUAUCGAUAGUUUUUCUUUUCGUUCAAGAUAACAUCAUAUUUAUCGAUCUUAUAAUAUCAGAGAAAAUAAAUCUAUUGAAUAUUAAGAAAAAAA